AUGCCCUCCCCUUAUAUCUUGGCCGAUAUCGUAGAUGUGGUGCGAAACAACUCGUUAGAAUCUGAGACAUUGAGAUGGUACGUGAUAACAGAUGAAGAUGUAAGCAAGACGUUGAUUCCAGUGUUACGGGAAGGCACGCAGGUAAAUACCGACACGGGACCAGGAGUUUUCUCCGUUGUAGUUAACAACACUGUGAGUACGAACAUGAAACUGUUCUUUGUUCAUAUUAGUAGUCUCGCAAAAUCUAGUCCAAUUAAGGGCUUUGGCAUUAAAGCUUUUGGACCUCCAUUCAGCUUUCAGCUAAGAGGAAUAUGGCAAGGUCCAGAUACGGAUGAAACAUUGACCCAACAUGACCUGAUCUUCCUUGAGCUGAGUCAGAUUUACGCUGACUUCAAAGGUCGUGAACUGGUGGUUUCUGUGAUUAACAACUGGCCCUUCUUUGGCGUGAAGUACCUUGCUGACGGGACGCCUGAGGCUGACUCGGGUCUGGAUGUCAGCGUCCUGCAAGCUCUCAGUCGCACGCUGAAUUUCACGUACCGCCUCACGGAGCCCGAGGACCGCCAGUGGGGAGGCCCGCAGCCCGACGGGUCCGUGACCGGCAUGAUCGGGCAGGUGGCGCGGCACGAGGCACACCUGGCCAUCAAUGAGAUUACUAUCACAGGUAACGCAGAAAUUGCAACAAUGUACCAUUUAAAGUUCAUACUAUUAAGUUCUAUUUUCCUUGUUGUUCUUCAGACGUGGAGUCUCGUAGCUCUCAGCACAGUAACGAUGGGUGUCCUAGUGUGGGCCAUGUCUUCUUCCUCCACCUCCUCCUCCAUCUCUGAAGUCUUCCUCGAAACUCCUCCUCCUUCCUCAACUAGCACCUCUUCUUCAUUUGGACUAUGGCAGGACUCAACCUUCAGUGCUUACCGGGCGUUGGUGCGGCAGGGAAGCGUCGUGGCCCCUUCAAGCGCCUUUUCACUCCGCCUCCUGCUCGCUAUUUGGUAUAUUUUCUGCUAUGUUAUCUACGCCAUGUACUCGGGGACCCUCACCGCCUUCCUCGCCCGGCCCUCCUUUGAAAGGCCCAUUGACUCCCUAACGGACCUCAUAAGGGCUAGUAAGGACGGCUUCAUCCCCGUCUUCCUCGCCGGCAGUAGUAACGAGUUCAUCUUCAGGGAAGCGACCCAAGGACUUUUCAAGGAGGUAUGGGAGGUCAGAGAUCCCAUGAGAAGCCUGUCUCCUACCAUCGACGGCGGAAUGGACGGGGUGCUGUCUGAUAAGCGUGUGUUUAUCAACGCAAAACUAAGUUCGGUCAUCCGUGCCGCAGUGAGAGGCAGCCACCGCUUCUACCAGGCCACCCAAACCAUCUACCCUCAAGGUUAUGGCGUCGUCUGCCGGUCUGGGGCACCGUACAAGACCAAAUUUGAGACAGUUUUAGCAAGAAUGGUGGAGUCUGGUCUAGUAGACAAAUGGACGCAAGAUCAAGUAAAUCAGGUCCGGAAGACAGAGCAGACGUACGCUGGAAAUGACAACCGCCCCAAACCAAUCACUCUCUAUCAUUUGCAGAUUUUAUAUCCGGCAUCAUGGGAUCUUCAUCUGUACAGAUUUGGAAUUAUUCGAUAA